UUAUAAUUUCACAACAUUGUACAGAUUUUCAUAGAAAACAGUUCAACAUUCAAAAAUACAAAUAUUAUACAUAAUUAAAAUUAUUUAAUCGAAAUGAAAAUUAUUUUAAAAAAUACAUGUAAAAAAGUGGAAAUAUAUAAAGACGCCGACUACAAUGAAAAGCGUGAUCAAAUGGAAGAGAAAUUUGAUACAAAUCGCAUGCUUCUGCAGGAAGAUGAUUUUUGGAAAUUUUUAAAUUCGAAUGCCAAUAAUAUUCAAAUAUUGAUACUUGAAACUGAAACUCCAAGUGAAGAAUUUAUGAUGGAUGUAAUAAGUUGUGAAACAUUUUAUUGUAAUUUCCACAAUAAAGUAUUGACUAAAUUAAAACACCUAAGGAAAUUAAAAGUGUUAUCAACAAAUAUGUUUCAAUUUAACAAUGAAUUUUUUAAUACACUCAAUAGCUCUUGUGCUAAAUUGGAAAGUCUGAGCUUGCAUUAUUGUAAUAUAAAGGAAUUUACACCGGUUGCUACCUUAAAGGAAUUAGAAUUGAAAUACUGCAAUGGUUUUACUUGGAAUAAUUUUCAAACAAUAUUAGGUGAAAUGAGUUUAAAAGCUAUUACUUCUUAUGCUACUCGUUAUAAGGGUAAAGUCGAAUACUUUGAAAUUGUCUCAAGUUUGGAACAUAUAAGUUUACAAUACAAUAUCGUCAACAAUAUAAGAAUCAUAUUCCAAAAGAAUCAAGAAAAACUUAAAAAUCUUAAAACAUUAGAUUGGAGUCUUGAUCAUACUAAACAUUUAUGGAUUAAUGCCACAAAUUGUCCAAAUCUUGAAACUUUAACAGUAAAACCUAGAAAUGUAUUAUUUGAAAACUUACAGGGUUUUAUGUAUUUAAAAACAUUAAACUUAAAUGUUUAUAAUGAUUUGUUUGAUUCCGAUAUAGUUCAUGUUAUAAAACAUUCAACACUAAAGUAUUUCACUGUUAAUAUGGUAAAUUAUAAUUGGUUGAUAGAUAUGUAUGAAUAUAAUGGUAGUUAUGAUACUGAAUGGGCAAAUUUGAAAACAAAUCUGUUGCACAUACAACUUAAUUAUCAUAAAACAUUAUCGCCCAUUUUACAUAAUUGGUAUAUAUUAUUGGAUAAUAAUCAUAAAUUAAUUCUCAAAUUGAAAUUUGGCAAUUUAAUUGAUAAAACUUCUUUAGAAGAAAUUCUAGGUAAUCAAAGUUUUCCAAAACGUUUAAAAUCAAUCAACAUAUGUGGUGAAAUUAUUGAUUGCACUGAACUUAAAAGUAAUUAUUCUACUGUGAUUGAAAAAGCGACAAGUAUACUACAAAACAAUCAACUAGAUGAAAAUGAUCAAUAUAUAUCAUUAUAAAAUUAUGAAUUUAGUUUUAAAAACUAACAUGUUUCAUUUAUUUUUACUCAUAAAUAAGUACAUGCUUAUGUACAUGUAUAUACUAUAAUAAUGUAAUAAAAAACUCCUAAUAUUUUUUUCUUGAGAUUAUUUUUAGUAGAAA